CUUUGCUCCUUCACCACUCUACCCCUAUCUCUCCGAAGUCUUCAGUUCCCGUUAAUCAUCAUAGAGUGCCAGCCACCAUGGCCCGAAACGGUGCUCGCUCCCUCAAUGCCUUAGACCAAGGCUCUUUCAGUCGAUCUUUCAAUUCUGGCUCUCCCCUUGCAGAAGCUGCGAUUGCUCGAGAUCUUGCCGAUUACACUGACGACGAAGCCUCGGGGAUAUCUUCUGUCGAGGAAGAUGGGUCUGACUCCACAGUGCGUCCUGUCAACAGCCAUUCGCUGGCUGGUUCCUAUCGCCGGCCCAGUUUCUUUACCACCGUAUCGCACUCCACUGUCGUACCGCGCCAGAUAGAUCAGGAGAGAUUAUUCCAGCGCGAGCGUGAGGAGGCCAUUGAACAAGAAAGGGACCUUCUUAGCGAUAAUCAUGUCCUCUCGCCAGAGCGCGGGCGUAGCCGACGGAGCAGUUUGAAACCCAAAAUCGGCGGUAUCUUCUCGCGCAGGUCGUCCUUGGCUGGUUCUGGGACUGCAAAUGUCGCAUCGUUGCCAACGGAAACCACAUCGUUGCUGGAGCAGCCUCCCGGUGGUGACAAUGGCAUAUCAAAAACUCCAGAUGCUGAAGAGAUCGACCGCAAAUGGGAGGAGGCUGUAACGGCGGGGCUAAUCCAUACGACCUGGCGACGCGAAACACAGGUCAUAGCGAAAUACUCCGCUCCUUUAAUGCUGACGUUUCUGCUCCAGUACUCACUGACUGUUGCGAGUAUUUUCACACUGGGCCAUCUGGGGAAGGAGGAACUUGGCGCAGUUAGUCUUGCUAGUAUGACGGCCAACAUCACUGGCUACGCCGUUUACCAGGGCUUGGCCACCAGUUUGGAUACACUAUGUGCUCAAGCGUAUGGGUCUGGGAAGAAGAAAUUGGUCGGGUUGCAAAUGCAGAGAAUGGUCUUCUUUCUAUGGGUUAUCACCAUUCCGAUUGGCUUGAUUUGGAUAUUUGCAGAAGAGAUUUUGGUUAAAAUUGUACCAGAAAGAGAAGUGGCCAGGAUGGCUGGUCAGUAUUUGAAGAUUGUUGUUCUGGGUACUCCAGGAUAUGCUCUUUUUGAGAGUGGUAAGCGAUAUGUUCAGGCACAGGGAUUAUUCUCAGCCUCUCUUUACGUGCUUAUAGUCUGUGCGCCACUGAAUGCCUUCAUGAACUGGCUCUUUGUUUGGAAAUUCAACUGGGGCUUCGUUGGUGCCCCCAUUGCGGUCGCCAUCACAGAUAACCUUCUGCCACUAUGCCUCUUCCUGUAUGUCUAUUUUGUUGCGGGCGGCGAGUGUUGGAAUGGGUUCACUACCAGAGCCCUGCAAAACUGGUGGCCCAUGGUCCGCCUCGCACUUCCCGGCCUGGUCAUGGUUGAAGCAGAAUGCCUCGCCUUCGAGGUUCUGACAUUGGCGUCCUCUUAUCUCGGCACUAGCCCUCUCGCCGCGCAGUCUGUUGUUUCUACUAUUUCCAGUUUGGCCUUCCAGUUUCCAUUCCCUCUCUCCAUUGCCGGAAGCACACGUAUCGCAAAUCUUAUCGGCGCUACUCUCGUCGACGCAGCCAAGACCUCAGCAAAAGUGAAUAUGAUCUGCGCCGUUGUUGUAGGGUUGUUUAACAUGCUUCUCCUCUCCACUCUCCGUUGGUACAUCCCUCGCCUCUUCAGUUCUGAUCCGGAGGUUAUUGAUUUGGUUGCGGAGGUGUUGCCUCUGUGCGCUGCCUUCCAGCUCUUUGACGCCCUCGCUUGCAAUUGCAACGGUAUUCUCCGCGGUCUCGGCCGUCAGGAGAUUGGCGGCUACGUCCAACUGUUCAGUUACUAUGUCGUCGCAAUGCCUAUCAGUAUGGGAAGUGCAUUCGCGCUGCACUGGGGUCUUCUUGGACUCUGGUCUGGUGUGGCGAUCGCCCUCGCGCUGGUCGCUUUGAUUGAGGGCGUUUUCCUGUGCCAAGUCGACUGGAAUCGAUCCGUCGAGGAUGCUCUUCAGAGGAACGCCAUGGCAUGA